UCAGCGGGCAGACGGCAGCGGGAGGAGGAGCGGAUUCGGUAAUCCCCCCUCAUCACCCCACCCCUCUCCAAAACUCAGAACCAGGAGGCAGGAGGGGAACGUAACCUCACGGGGACACAUGUGCUGCUGGACCCCCCCUCCCCACAUUCUGAGUUUAGCGAUCCAGAUUCAGCCCAGACCCUAGCGGAUCGGUGAGAACAAAAAUAGGUACAAUUUGGACGCAGAGACGUUUUUCCGGUAACGGAGCCAAAGGCAGGUCGGCGGAUGGAGAUGCGUUUUGAAGGCGGAGGCUUAGUGGCGUUGAUGUAGCAGGAGGCUGCAGGCUCGUGCCGCAUUGCCUGACCACCGCCGAGGAGACGGUGAUGCUUCCGUCGUCAUUGUGUCACAGAACGAGAGGAGAGGCUUUGACGUGAUGGGGGCGCGCGGCUGCCUGUCGGGACUCCCGGAUCAGCAGGUUGGACGCGCAGCCUGAAGCCUGGAAGACUCCACACGUCCAAUCCGCGCAGAAACGUUUGGAUCGAGUUGGAUUUUGAAGGCGAAACGGAAACGAGUCGGUGCGUAAACGUGGAUGGUCGGUUUGGUGAAGAUGCAGGAGUGGAUGAUCCCACCAGCAGCGUCGGAACCAGUUCAGGGUGGAUUAGAGAGCAGCAGGCCUCUGUCUGAAGUCAGCCACUGAUCAGUGAACCGAACCCAGCGCCUCCUGCCCUGUUGCUGCGGAGGGACGAGUUUAUUCUAGUGCAGGCUGCUGUGGUGUGGACCCCCCGCGGAGGGACAGCUGUUGCAGAGGAUGACUCACUUACAGGCUGGCCUCUCUCCAGAGACCCUGGAGAAGGCCAAGGUGGAGCUGAAGGAAAACUCUGAGACUUUGCACCAGGACAUCCAGGAGGUACGGGACAUGAUCAUCACCCGUCCGGACAUUGGGUUCCUCAGGACAGAUGAUGCUUUCAUCCUCAGGUUCCUCAGGGCCCGGAAGUUCAACCACUUCGAGGCAUUCCGGCUGCUGGCUCAGUAUUUUGAGUACAGGCAGCAGAACCUGGACAUGUUCAAGAACUUGAAAGCCACCGAUCCGGGCAUCAAACAGGCCCUGAAGGACGGGUUCCCUGGGGUUCUGUCCAACCUGGACAGAUACGGGAGGAAAAUUCUGGUUCUGUUUGCAGCCAACUGGGACCAAAGCAGGUACACGUUUGUGGACAUCCUCAGAGCAAUCCUUCUGUCGCUGGAAACUAUGAUUGAAGAUCCCGAGUUGCAGGUUAACGGAUUCAUCCUCAUCAUCGACUGGAGCAACUUCACCUUCAAGCAGGCGUCCAAACUGACUCCCAGCAUGCUGCGGCUGGCCAUCGAGGGGCUGCAGGACAGUUUUCCGGCCCGAUUCGGAGGGAUCCACUUUGUGAACCAGCCCUGGUACAUCCACGCUCUCUACACCGUCAUUCGACCCUUCCUCAAGGACAAAACCAGGAAGCGGAUCUUCAUGCACGGGAAUAACCUGAACAGCCUCCAUCAGCUCAUCCACCCUGAGAUCCUGCCGUCAGAGCUGGGAGGGAUGAUGCCGCCGUACGACAUGGGGACGUGGGCCCGUACGCUGCUGGACCAUGCCUACGACGAGGAGCCAGACUACUGCCCUGAGUCCUACACCCUGUCGGUCCAGGACCUGGAGAGGGACCUGGAGAAGAACCUGUCCCCAAAAAGCAUGAAGAGAUCUCAGUCGGUGGUGGAACCAGGAGUCCUGAAGAGACCAGACAAAGCGAAGAGCGACGAGGACAACAUGCAGCCACUGCUCUCGCUGGACUAAACCCACCAAACGCCACAGAGGCACAAACAAAUCAGUACUCCGACACAUAGCUACACUGAGCGACCUGUGCACCUGUUCUGCAGAAACAGCUUCCUCCAUAGCGUUCUGCUGCUGUUGGACUAAAGCAGACGACCAGAGCGACUUCUCCUCAGACCCAAAGGCAACCUCAGAGCUUCUGGUGGUCUUCUGUUCAGUAUAUUUAUUUAUUUGAUUACAUGUCAAGUGCCAAUUCCAGAAACUGUAAAAAUGACGUCUUUGAAUUAUCCGGAACAAGCAGAGACGAUGCGUCUGAGACCUCAGAGGAGGAGCCGUGUGGUACAGAUGAAGGGUCAGAAGAACGAGGGAUUCAGGCCACAGCUUCCUAGCAGCAGUAUUAUUCUUUGUGUUUGUCUCUUUUUGCGAAGUAAUUGAAGAAGUCUCUCCUUCUGGGCAGGAGAGAGGGCUCAGAACAACCAGACAGGAUGUUAAAAGGCUGCUUCCACCUCUUCCACCCUAACCGGCGCUGGUUUUAUCGGGUUUAUCGGUCAUUUCCUUUCAGGGGAGAAUGACAUCUUUCCUACAAAAUUACAUCCAAAACUUUCAGUCUCGCUCCAGUUGUCUCCUGGAAAAGCAAACCUCCCUUUAUGGUAAGAGUCGGCUCUAUGAAUCAUCUGCUUUUUCCCCUUCGGCCAUUUUUCUUUCUUGUUCUGACCCAGAUGUCCGAGAACGCAGUGCUUUUCCUCCGCCGUUAGAACAACCACAGAGCUGCAGGCUCUUCUCAAACACAUCACAACAUCCUUUUGGUUUGGAAGAAGAUGGACAGGAGUUUUAUUUUCCAAAUUCUAAAAGAAUAGGGCUAAGAAUAAUUUUAUCAAAGUAGAAACAAUAAAAGAUCCUGGCCUGUAACAGAAAAGUCCAACAGUUUUCUCUUUCAUUUGUCCUCUGUAAUGAAAUCCCUCAAAUUUAAGAUCCUGCAAACGUUAAAAUAUUCUACGUUUGUUGCAUUAAAACACUAAAAUGACUCACUGGUACCAGACAAUUUUAAACUGUAUAUUUAAUAUAAAUAACAUCCAUAAACAAACAAAAUGGAGAAAGCCUCGAAACAGCCGGUGGUUAGAUUUCAGCCUCUUAUUUGUUCUAGUUGGGUUUCCUAACUCUUUAUAUUUUAUUUGUAGGAAUAUUUUUAAACAUUGUUUAAAACAUUUAUAUAGGUAAGGUUUUUAUGCAUUUUUGUGCAAGGACUGAAAAAGAUUUGGGGGCUUGUCCGGGAUCUGAAGUCAGACAAAAGGGGAUGCUACAGCAAGCAUGUAUUUAUUUCAGUGUUUGGCUCUAUGUUAAAAAUGUUUAUUUAUUUUUUCAGAUAACUCUUAAACAGACCAUGUGGUUUGUUACCGACUUGUGUUACGUGUUAAGGCAGAAACUUUUUUCAUGCCGAAGUUCAGUCUGAAUUGUUGCAUGUCUUACUUUCACAUGAAUCCAGACUAUCUUUCACAUUGGAACCACUCAAACAAACAAAAGAAAAACGUCUGAAUUUUAAAAUCCUGUUCUAAAUCAUUAAACUUUUCACUUUAAAAGACAGAAGAAUUUGGAAUUUCGGGAUAUUUUUGCAUCAUGAUGAGAGCAUUUGAAAGUUCUAGGUUUCAAAUUUUAUAUAUUUUCCCUCAACUUGUAGAUUUAUUUGUUAAUUUACCAUUUUAUUGAUUUAGGAUAAAUUAAUUAACAAUCAAACGUGGUAAUUCUGUUUUCCUCACCGUGUUGUUGAUCAGUUAAAGGUAGAAAUAAUCUAAACUUCACAGUUUUGCUCUUCUGAGAAAAAUUGAAUCGAAUCUUAAUAUUUUUCCUCUUUUUGUGAAACUUACUAUUAUUUCCCUUCUUCUUCCUAUCUGAUAAAUUUCAGAUAAUAUCUAAAUGGUUUAAAUUUAGAAAUUGAAAAUAAUACCCAGAAAAUUUUUAUUUAGUUAAACUCCUGUUCAUCAAAUAGAAAACAAUGACUAAAUCAGUUAAAUUCUUCAUAAUAAAACAUUUUUAUCUCCACUUCAUCCAGUUUAACACAGCAAAUUCAGGGAAUACACUCACAACAGACUUUUCAUCUCCUGCAGUAUUUUUAUUGUUGUUGUUGUCGUAAUUAUAAACACAGUUAAAAGUAAAGUUAGCAUAAAUAAUCUUAAUGUUUUUUUACAUUUAUUUCCUGUACAAAUAUAUUUAAAUAGAUUAAUUUUAUUUGAGAUGAUCAAUAUUCAGAAUAUAGACUUUUAGAGAUUACAAUUUUAUUUGAGAUGAUCCACAUUUAGAACUUUUAGAAAUUAUAAUUUAAAUACAACGUAGAUUAGAGGAGAUAAGACACAAACUCUAUUUCUGACUUUGUACAGUUUCACAUCUGCUGUUCUGGUUCCUCCUUUUCCACAAAUCAAAGGAUGUUUUUAACAGCUGAAUGUUAAAAUCUGGCUGAAAAUUGUUGGUUUUGACGAGUCGAGCAGAACCGACCAGGCCAUCCGAGCUGUUCAGAGAUCAGCCGGCAGGCUGGAAGAAUCAGGUGGGAGAACAGAUGGAAUGUUAAACCAUCCUGUUGAUGCGCGUCUGUGCUGGUCUCAGAUCAGCGUCCAGAUCAGGAACUUUAAAUGUUCUUUGAAUCCGUUCGACGCAGUAGAACAAAAAUCCUGUGAACUGGUCAUGAAAAUUAUUACUUGACUCAGUUUCACGUGAAAAUUUAACUUUUUCUUCUCCUCCUCAAACCUUCGUUUUCCUUUUGUUUAAAAGUUCAUGAAAUUAUUGUGGAAGUUUUUAUUCUGUCAGAUUAUUUUUGCACAUUAAGGGUUCAUAUGGAAUUCCCAAAAUAUCAGUAAUUCCUAUUUGAUUAUGAACAAAUAAAUAAAUCGUGUCCGUGAGGUUAUUAAUAACAAUAAUAAUAAUAACAAUAACAAUAAUAAUAAUAAUAAUAAUAAUAAUUAUUAUUAUUAUUAUUAUUAUUAUUAUUAUUAUUAUUAUUAUUAUUAUUAUAAGCUGCACUUAAACGCAAACAAAAAUAUAUUUUCUAAAGCUGACCCAGUUUAGUUUUUUUUACUCAUGGACAAGUUGGGAGGAGACACAAAUUAAAAAUAACAUAUAUUUCAAUAAUCUGUUUUCUGUAAGAGAAAAUUAUCUUAAUUUUUUUUUUUUUAAGUAGCCACCAUUUUUUCAGAAAUACAAAAUCUCCAAAGCUCUUUUUUGGGGAUUUUUUUAACCAGUUUAUUCUGGAAGAAACACACUGAACUUAAAUAAUUAUUCAUUUCUAUAGUUUUUUUUCUGUAAGGGCUCUCGUAUGUUUUACCAAAUGCAUCGUUGUAACUGAACUAGUUUAGAAUAACCAGAACUUUUCCUUUAAAAUAAUCCAGAAUCUAAUUUCUGUUUCACAUAAAAACAUCAUUAAUGUCUAUUUUUCUAGACAACAGAACAGUGGGAAUUCAAAUAAUCUGAAUUAGUAAAAAAAAAAAAAAAGUAAAGAUUACAGCUCUGAACAGGAACACACACACACACACACUGACUGUAGAUGCUUCCAGUUGCUAGGAUACAACGUUUACAUGAAAUAAACACGUAAAAGCUGAGAAAGAAGCAAGCGUCUGAGGUUCCUGCAGGCCUGCUGAUGGUUUUAAGGGUGAAAUAUUAAAAGUCUGUUUCAUGUAAAAACACGUAAAUGCCAACGAAACGCACUUGGGUGAAGAUGUUUAAUUUUACUACAGAUAUUUAUUUGGUGAUGCUCAAGACUUUUGUGUCAAUAAUUGAUUAUAAAUGCUGUUAUUACAGACUUCAGGUGCGUAUGUGCUGUUUGGUGUGUAAACAGUUUAGAUGUAGAUUUUAUUUAUGAAAAAUCAGCAUUUUGAAUGUUUUUCUAUGUUGAUUUAAAGUCUGACUCAGCAGUUUUAGGGAUGACGUUAGGAACCAGCUGGAAAAGACAAAAAGGAUCAAAACCAGUCAGGAAACCAUCCUGGAGGUUCGUUCGUGUAAAAACUUUAUUUAAACAUCUAAACACAAACAACGUUUUUAUUUGCUUUUGAGCUGGGUUUCUGUGCAGAACAAAAGUUUACGCACCUUUGUUAUUUUGUUGUCCCAUAAAAAAUAGCGAUGAUACAAUCACAACUCAUUAGUAUUGUUAUUUUAAAAGUGUUUGUUUUUAAGACGUGAAUUUGCGCCCAACAAAAUGAAUGUUGUUUAGAGUCUUUGGAGCUUUUAGUUUUUAUUUCAUCAUAAAUAGAUGAUAUACAAGAUUACAGGAAGAUCCGGUGGAUUUUUACAUUUACUUUUCUUUUACUUGUGUUCCUUUUCCAGAAAGUGUGAAAAGGUCUAUUCAAAAUGUUACCUUGAAUUUCUGACAUUUGUUUUUAUCCUAAAAAUGACCAAACCUGUUUAGUGACUUCGUGCAAGUCGCAAAAGUUUCACCAUGCUCCCAUCCAGCAGCUUCGAACAAUAUUUAGCUUUAAAUAUGAAGGAAAUGAGUCUUUUUAGGUAUCUUUUGUCCUCUUUGCAGCUUGCUUUUAACUUUAGCUGUAAAGAAAUUAAUUACUUAUCAUCUAGUAGACCUCUCACUGAUUGCAUGACUCUGCCGUGGACCUCCAUGGUGGUUUCUGACGUGGUCUGCAGGAGGAUGAAACUGCAAAGCUUCUCUUAUUCUUUUGUCUCAAAUUUAAGAUAGUCUUUUCCAGCCGAUGAUCAACAUGCUAACAGCUGCUUUGCUUUUUUCUUUAUUUAAAGAGCAAGUCACCCCCUACCAGAGUAUUACUCAACUCCCACUUCCUGUUUGAAAAAUGCAACAAAUGUUGCCUAGCGGACCGAGAGGGCGGAGCCGCUAACAAAUACACACACACGGGCUCACAACAACAUUGUGACAUCAUAUGGUACCAGCUAAUGUUCUAGGGUACCUCUUAGCCAAUAGUGAUGGCAGAUCUAAAUUCAAAUGCAGUGCAGAGUUUUUACCUGACAACGACACAACACUGUUAGGCAGAAAAUUAAAAUUUUAACUAAAAUCCACGUGUCUGCAGCACAAUUAGACACACAUUUAUAUAGUGUAUCAGAAAAAAAUGUUGAUUUGGGGGUGACUUGCUCUUUAAUGAGAACAUUCUCUCCAUGCCUGAAACCUAAAUACAGGUUUUGGUCUAUUCUUGUUAUCAUCUUAAGUAUUUGCCACUAAACAGUGAUUAAAUAAGUGUUUUUCCAGUGAUGUACAGAAAAUGUUCUUUGCUUUUUUUGCAUCUCAGAGUUAUAAACACUGUAUUUGUUUAUUUUUCACAGUAAAAGCUGUUGGACAACACAUGCACAGAAUAGUUUUAGGCACUAUUUUUCACUUGGACACCCCACCUUUGAUGCAAAAGUGUUGACUUUGUAAGAUUUCUUGUUCUCACUGACUGAAUAAUGUUCCUGUCUCAGCCAAAGCCACCUCUUCCUUUCAGAAUCUAAUGUAUUGUUUCUGAUGAUCAUGUAUUUGUGCUCUGAAGACACUGAAUGAUCUUUUUUGAAAUUUUCGGCAAACAUGAAUGCAUAACUCUCCGUUCACUGACCAGAUUUUUAUGGCACUGUUCUUUGAUUGUAUAGUUGCAGUAGGAGCUGUAGGAUGACCACGCUAAGGCAGAUUUGUGACGUUAUUAUGGAAAGCCGGUUUAUUAUAGGAACAGAAACUGUUCAGUUAGCAGGUGUUCUAUGUAAGAAUGUCCUUAAAGAAAAUUUGAUGAAAUGUAAAAUGAUCAAAAUAAAGACGGACAUUUUCUCAUUAGUCUGCUUUCUCUUGUUUUUAAGAUUUCUGCCAUUUUUUUCUCAGACUCUUUAAACCGAAUGAGCAGAAGAUGGACUCUUAUUUUGAAGAGAUUUUAGAAGACUAACCUCUAAAUUAAAAAGGUUUCUCAAUCAAAACAACCUUAAUGGUCAUUGAUCCAACAAGGUCUCCCCCAGAGGUUCUGGUCCAUCCUGAUAUCAGCUCCAUCCAUCCUGUUCCACCGACGUUUCCACCACAUCCCAGAGGUUCUGGACUGGUCUGAGGUCUGGUGACUGUGGAGGCCGUUGGAGUCCGGUGAACUCAUGGUCAUGUUAUAGAAACCAGUUAUGAUGGGUCCAUGUGGUCAUAAAACAUCUAAAAUCAUCUGGUUGGUUGAUCAGAUAUUUGUUAUUGAACAGGUGUGGCAGGUGCAUCUAAAAUACAUUUCUGACUGCAUCCUCACACCAGUUUCUUUCACACAGAUGAAAAUAAUGAUCAUGAGACACAAUAAAGUCUAAAGAUUUAUUUAAAGUAUGACACACAAAAAACUCCAUGAAUAAACUAUUCCACAUUUCACUGGGCAACAACGUCCCUCAAAGAUUAGCAUCCAGCUGAAAAGUGAUGGGAUCAGGCUGCUUGUCUCAAUAAGCAUCAAACAACAUUAUUUCAUAUUAUAUACAAAUAUUAAACAAUCAUAACCGGCUGUGUUUUUAUACAGUGGAGCUAGCAUAAAGCUCACAAAUAUGUUCUAUGUUGGUUUUUCUUUAUUUUAAUUACAAUCGUGCUCAAAACCUUUAAAAAAUAAAACAAAGUAAAUAAGCUGAGUCAUGCCACAAAUUAAAAAUCUAUUAUUUUAGAUAAAUUCACUCUUUUUGCUGCAAUAUAAUCAAAAGUGGUAUUUUUACAUCAUUUCUUUUACAUUUAUUUAAAGAGCAAGUCACCCCCUACCAGAUUCUUACUCAACUCCCACUUCCUGUUUGAAAAAUGCAACAAAUGCUGUUGCCUAGCAGACCGAGAGGGCGGAGCCGCUAACAAAUACACACAUACACAGGCUCACAACAACAUGGUGACAUCAUAUUGUACUAGCUAACGUUCUAGGGUACCUCUUAACCAAUAGCGAUGGCAGAUUUAAAUUCAAAUGCAGUGCAUUUUUACCUGACAAUGGUACAACACUGACAGCAUUAGGCAGAAAUUUUUAAAUUUUAACUAAAAUGCACUAAAGUGCAAAACUAUUGACUAUGCGUGUCUGCAACACGAUUAGAGACGCAUUUAUAUAGUUUAUCAGAAAAAAAGUCGAUUUGGUGUGACUUGCUCUUUACUUUCUCAGGAAACAAAAGCUAAUUUUAUAUUUGUGCAACAGAAUCCUAAAAUUCCACAUAAAGCAACUUUAAACUGAACAAAAUGUGAGAAAAUGCCUCAGAAAUAUGUGAAAAAAAGGAUGAAGACGUAAAAUUUGUUUAUUUUAUAUACUGAACAAUAAAGUUUUAGUUUUCAAAAUGGCAACAGCCAGGUACGAACAAAAGCUGUUGCUGAUUAUGAACUUCAAGUUUGUCCUUUGGAGGAAAAAACAAACAUCAUUUUCUACUAAAAGAACAUUUUAAAUCACUCAAAAGAAAAAUCACAUAUUUAUAUCUACAAACUGUUAGCAUGAGCUAGCCUAGCAUAGCAUUAAGACUGAAAACAUGGAUAAAGGAGACAUUUUUGGUGUGUUUUUGUAAAAUAAAUCAUCAUAAUGCAUCUUUUCUGAAUUUGUGCCCUUAGCAUUAGUUUUUCAGCAUCUGCUGUAAUACGAUCCUUUAGAAUAAAUGAAAUUUAGCCUAACAGUAAACUGAUAAACACACACAGCAUGGUCUCAUCAGCUGACUUGUGUCCUCACUGGGAACUCUAUCUGUUUAAUAUAAUUUAAGAGCUUCAGAAACAGUAUCUUUUGGCUCUCGGAGCUAAAAAUCUUAGCAGAGAACUUCAACUUGAAGCUAUAAGGUUAGUCAAAAGUCGAGUACGAAGCACCAAAGGUUAUAGCAGAGGCACAUGUAUCCCACCAGGCUGCAACAGUUGGUGUUGGCAGCAUCCAGAAUCCUAUCCUCUCACAGCGGGGUCAUUUCAUGUGGUCUGGGGCUGGUUUCAACCUCUUUUCACUCCAGAUUCUAUGAGUCAGAAAGUGUUUAAAACGUGGAGGUUUGACAAACAAACUAAGAGAAAUUUGGUAAACUUCAUGAGACAACAGCUGAAAGUAAAUCUGCAUGAUGGUCUUGUAACUUUGUGGUUUGUUCCCACAUGAUGUCACAAUAAAAGGUUGCAGCUGUGUGAGAUACUGUCUUAGGAGUAGAAAUAAAAUAGGAAAAUAAGAAAUUUUACAACAAAAACAUUCCCACAAACUGCUCCGUGGUGUUUCAGAGCUACAGGACAAAGAUGUUUCUGCCCGAAGACCCAGAUCAGUAAAUAUGAUCAUGUCUCUGAGCAAAGUGAAACAGAAAAGAAAGGAAAACGGCAGCAAAUCAAAGAGAUGCACAGUAAUAAAACGUUCUAUCACAGCGAGGCUUCUUCAGAGGAACAUGCACAAAAACAAACCUGUUUAUCAGGGACUUGCUCAAGCUUAGACCAGUUUUCUGCCUGAUUUAAGGGCAAAAAUCAGUGUGAAAACAUGAAGAUUGGAACAAAACCAGACUUUAUAAGAUCUGACUGAUUUCUCCAUCUUCCUUUCCUUGUGUUCGUUCUAACAUCAAAGAGUUUUCCUUAAACUACAUAAUAGCUGAAAAACUUUGUUUAAAUCAAUUUGAUGACCGAAAACCUUCCACUGCUUCACUCAGAAAGACAUUUCAUCUACAUCUCAGCAGAAAUGGUUUCUUCCUGUUAUGGUGUCUCUCUUAGGACAACUUUAAUUGUCACGGAGAUGUCCUCAGACCAAACAGGUGUCAGGAAAAAAAAAGUCAGACAAUAAAAACAUCAAAAAAUGGGAAAAAAUUCUGUCAGAUGAGGAACAUCAGGUUAAACAAAAAGCAACAGCUAUCAGGUGUCAAAAUAAAAGCGUCCACUCCUGAGAGGAAAAGAUGUCAGAAGAAGAAAAAUCCACCAGAAGGUAGCAUCAGGUGUCAGGGAUGAAGACUCCACUGGACAAAAAGCAUCAAGUAUCAAGGGAGAAGUGUUCGAUAAAA